GUUUUAGUCUGUUACUCUGACUGUUCGUUACUCUGGUUGUUCGUGACUGCAACCUGUUUUGCUUAAUAGUUCAUUUCAGCUCCUAAAAACUUUAUUGGGAAUACGCAAGGAGAAAGUUAUAGAAAUAAUUUAAUCGAAAUGGGAUAUAGAACGCACAACUUUUAGAAAAACACUAGAAUGAGUAUCAUUCGAAAAACAUCUGUCUAAAAGCGUAUUGCACCAUCUUAUUGAUAUAGCAAAACCAAUAGGAUUACCUGGUAGUGCAGAGAAGAGCGAGGUUUCGGAUGCGACCAACUGGAAAGAUUUGCCAAUCUUACAGUGACGUGAUGAUCGAAAACGACGACGAGGAUGACUACGAAGCAUAUUUUCUACGCCCAGCCAACGAGUACAACAUCAAGGAGAAAAUCAAAUUAGCUAAUCAGGAAUCCUUUGCAAUUCCGACACCACCAUCGCCAAAGUUCGCUAUUGGUGAACGGAGGGUUACGUUUCGAGAGCAAUUGGUCGACUAUGAACCGGACGAACAUAGCGAAGCCGAAGAUGAAAACGGUUUCGGGGAAGUAAACGGCUCUUCAAAAACACAAUCCAACUCACCACUAGAACUGAAUAGUGAGCAGAGCAAAAACACUGCUGUUGAUAUGGAUGAAGUUGAUGAAGAAAUCAUCGAGGAGUUGAGUCUCAAUGAACCGCCGGAGGAUGAUGUUGAAUCCAGGAUUAAGACAGUUUCGGUGGAUGACGAUGGCCAGGAAGAGGAAGAGCAUUGCGAUUAUGAUGAGUUUGAAGAGGAGGUAACAGAAUCUAGUUUCGACACCGAAAUUCACAAUCCGGAAACGCCCAGUGAAGAUAGUAGUAGCCCAACUAAAACCCAUGGUAGCGAAGAAGUGUCUGUUUCUGGACAAGAGGAAAUAAAUUACUCCGAAGAGUCUCAGAACGAUGAUGAAAAUUCAGAAGAGCGUGAAAUGAUGAAAGAGCGUUUGAUGCGAGAGUCACUAAUAUAUGAUCAGGAACGUGGGGAGGGCGAAGAUGUUAUGGAAGAAUCGGCCGUGGGUAGAGAUAGUCCUGUGCAAGCACAUUUUCAAAAAAGGUCCGUGAGAUGCCAGCGUAAAUGCUGCCGUUUUAAGAAACGAGCGGGUGAGAAACUUCCAUACUAUAAUGGUUUUCAUUCGGAGUACGGUUUAUCUAAGGAGGAAUUGGAAGCGAAAAUCAAGAGGGUAGAGGCAAAAAAGAAACUUUUCUACGAGCGUCACCAGAAGAAAAUCGAAGAGCAGCAGAUUAAAGCUCAAACUAAUGAGGAAGCAUUCUCCGCGUGGCUGAACAAAAAGCUGAGAAAUUCUAUAAAUAAGUAUCAAAAUAUGUACGAUUUCAAGGAAAAGAAACACAAACGAAGUCUUUCAAAAGACACUUGUAUCAGUAUGUCCGUGUGUUAAGCAGCGUGUGUUUAUAUUAUUCGUGUUUUAUAUAAGAUGUAGCAAAGAAACCUGAUAUUCAAGUUUUCUAAAUGAAACAUGAUUUGCAUGAAUAAAUG